AUGGCACAGGACGAAGCGAGCGUCGCCGUCGCCGCCAUGGCAUCGGCACCGAACCAACAACGCUACCAGAAGGAGAAAAGGGGCAAGGAUGAAGAGGAAGGCGGCCAGAAGAUCGUGACACAGGCCGGCAAGGACACGGAGAGCGAGGCUCCCGCGAAACCCGAGAAGGAGCUGUAUCCCAUGAGCAAGUGGAAGUACGAUACCUUCUUGUGGACCAUGUCGGUCCUCGUCGACCUUUUCUUCCGCGAAGUCCAUCCCCGCGGUUCCUGGAAGGUACCCCGCCAGGGGCCUGUGCUCUUUGUCGCCGCACCUCACGCCAACCAAUUCGUCGACGCCCUCAUCCUGCAGCGCACCCUGCGCACCGAGUCCAAGCGUCGCGUGUCCCUUCUUGUGGCCCAAAAGUCCGUCCACGGAUUUAUCGGCUGGGCCUCGCGCCAAGUCGGUUCUGUUCCCGUCGGUCGUGCCCAAGACUCGGCCAAACCCGUCAACGGCACCAUCUACUUGCCGGACCCGAUCGGCGAUCCUACUCUGCUCCACGGCGUGGGCACCAACUUCGAGAAGGACGCCGCAGUAAACGGCAUGGUGUUCCUCCCGGCAGUUAAGGGUCAGAGCGGGUCGAGCGUCGAUAUUGCACAAAUCCUGGGCCCCGACAAGCUGCGCCUGAAGCGUCCCUUUUCCGGCCGCGCGGCUAUGACCCAGCUGACGGGCCGCGAUUCGAGCGAGAUGGACGACGAGGGCCAGUUUAUCGACAAGGAGGCCGUCAAGAAGUCGGGCGGUCCGGUACCGGGUUACCAGGGCACGAAGUUCAAGCUCGCACCCCACAUUGACCAGACCAAGGUCUAUCACGCAGUCUUCAACCGGCUGCGCAAUGGGGGCUGUGUCGGCAUCUUCCCGGAGGGUGGUAGCCAUGAUCGUCCUGGGCUGCUGCCGCUCAAGGCUGGUGUGGCCAUCAUGGCGCUGGGUACGCUUGCCGACUCGCCGGAUUGCGGUCUCAAGAUUGUGCCUGUCGGCAUGAACUACUUCCACGCGCACAAGUUCCGGUCGCGGGCCGUCGUCGAGUUUGGCCCGCCGUUUGAGGUUCCCAGCGAGCUGGUGGCCAUGUACAAGGCCGGGCAGCGGCGCGAUGCCGUGGCCCAGCUGCUCGACACUGUGCAUCAUGCGCUGGGUGCUGUGACGGUGUCGACGCCCGACUACGACACGCUGAUGAUGAUCCAGGCAGCCCGCCGCCUGUACAACCCGACCGGCAAGAAGCUUCCGCUGCCCGUGGUGGUCGAGCUGAACCGCCGCCUCGCCAUGGGCUUCGACAAGUACAAGGACGACGAGCGUCUGCGCAAGGUGCAGGCUGCAGUCAAAGACUACAAUAAGCAGCUGCGAUACCUUAACAUCCGCGACCACCAGGUCAACUACGCACGCAUGCCGUGGUGGAAGGUUGUGGCGCUGUUUAUCUUCCGUCUUAGCCAGCUGUUUGUGCUCUCUAUUGCUGUGCUGCCAGGUCUGCUCUUGUUCUCGCCCAUCUUCGUGGCCACGAAGCUCUACAGUCGCCGGAAGGCCGCCGAGGCCCUUGCAGGCUCGUCGGUCAAGAUCCAGGGCCGCGACGUCAUGGCCACCUGGAAGCUGCUCGUGUCGAUGGCGCUGGCUCCACUCCUGUACAACUUCUACUGCGUGCUCUUCGUCAUCAAGUUUGGUUCUGAUCGGUUGUGGGGCUACGUGCCGGCUUGGGCGGCGGAGGCGCCCUGGUGGCUCGUGUUCCUGACGGGCUGGAUCGUGUUCCCCGCCAUUACGUUUGCUUCUCUUCGCUUCGGUGAGGUCGGCAUGGACAUAGUGAAGUCCCUUCGUCCCCUUAUUCUGUGCAUGAACCCGUCGUCCAGCUACAACAUCCAUCGCCUGCGCGAACGGCGCGCUGGCCUGCAGAAGCAGGUGACGGACCUCAUCAACACCCUCGGCCCCGAGAUGUACCCCGACUUUGACCAGAAGCGCCUCGUUAAGAUGCCGCUGGCAGGCAGCGGCGCGUCGUCCGACGACCUGCCGCACUCGGCCUCACCAGCCGUAUCCAUGUCGCCCCAGGGCCCGCCUUCACCGACGGUGACAACGCCUGGCCCCCAUGUAUCCUAUCCGGCUGCGACCAAGGAUGGCCGCCGCCGCACGGACAGCGACCACUCGACCGGCAGCGGAGCGGGUGGCUCCGGCGCCUCGGGCACACUGUACGGCCGUGCCAUCCCGCACAACGAGUCGUUCAGCAACAUUGGCCAGAUUGGCAUCUUUGCGACGCGGCCGUCAUCGCGGUCUCGUUCACGGUCACGCAGCAGCAGCAGCGGCGGUGCUUUUGGCUCGGGUGGUUUCCCUGUGAGCGCCUUUACAACGCUAGACUCGAAGGAGGGCUUUGACGAGGCGUCCAAGAAGAUCCGCGCGGCGAUGCGCGAGCGGGGCGAGCUGCGGCGGCGACAGAGCCAGACGACGCAUGGGUUCACCCUGAUCCAAGACGAUGAGGACGAGGAGAGCGACGAUAGCGAGACUGCGAAGAAGAAUGUGUAG